ACGGGAUGCAGGCGUGAGCGGUCCGCGCUGGAGUGGCUUCCCCACUGUUCACAGCGUAACCUCUCGGCGCUUCCCCGGCUCGGCCUGGCCGUGUACCCAACCCCCACGGCUAGACCGGGUCUUCUCCCCCUGGAACGAGCUCACGAGCGCCCUCGAUACCGGGGACCUCGGGGUGGAGGACCGGCGGGGGAUGGGUGAAAAGCCCAGCAGCAGAACGAGGGGAGAUGGAGGGAGGAGCUGGAGGCAGAGGGAACAGCAGAUUGCCCAGAGCCAAUUGGAACGGCAGGACGAGGUGGUACCAAAUUCCCCUUGGCCAAUGACUAGCCAGAGUUUACAGAGCUGCCUCAUUAGCAUCCCCCCACUCCCCGCCAGGGUGGGGGUGGGACAGUGCGGUGUUGCUGUCUGCAGUGUCCCGGUCCCUGCUAGCCUGGUGGCUGCUAGCUGCGUUUUUGGCGUCUUCUAAUUUCCUGUCCUCAUCUCCGCGCUUGGCUGCCUCAGCCAGCCGGCUUUUGUCGCUAUUUACCCACCGAUAAGACAAACCCAGGGAAAUACUAGACACGAUCUCCCCACUCCCAGGUCUAGCCCAGGGAGGUGGGGGCACCGCGGUUUCUGGCCGGGACAUCCCUUGUCUGUGCAGGGUGUACCGGAUCUCUGCACACUACUGAGCUCUAGAAACGUAGUCAUCGCAUCCUCGGGAUCUGAAGUCUGAAAUCCGCUCCACAUUCUCAAACGUGGGGACGUGAUCGCUGCAUCCAAAAGCCAAGAUGCCUGCCCAUAUACUGCAAGAGCCGAUCUCCAGCUCCUACUCAGCCACCACCACCGUCACAGCGCCUCCCUCUGGGGGUCUGCAGAAUGGAGAGAAGUUGGAAAAGACUGCACACCACUUAGCAGAAGACAUUCGCCCUGAGAUGAAGGAGGAUAUAUAUGACCCCACCUACCAGGAUGAGGAGGGCCCCCCGCCCAAGCUGGAGUACGUCUGGAGAAACAUCAUCCUCAUGGCCCUGCUGCACGUGGGAGCCCUGUAUGGAAUCACGCUGGUUCCCUCCUGCAAGUACCACACCUGGAUCUGGGCGUAUUUGUACUAUGUCAUCAGUGCCCUGGGUAUCACGGCCGGGGCUCAUCGCCUGUGGAGCCACCGAACUUACAAAGCACGGCUGCCCCUGAGGGUCUUCCUCAUCAUCGCCAACACCAUGGCUUUCCAGAAUGAUGUGUACGAGUGGGCCAGAGAUCACCGCGCCCACCACAAGUUCUCAGAAACCCACGCUGAUCCUCACAAUUCCCGUCGGGGCUUUUUCUUCUCCCACGUGGGUUGGUUGCUCGUGCGCAAACAUCCAGCCGUCAAAGAGAAGGGCGGUUUGCUGGACAUGUCUGAUCUAAAAGCCGAGAAGCUGGUGAUGUUCCAGCGGAGGUACUAUAAGCCUGGUCUCCUGCUGAUGUGCUUCAUCCUGCCCACACUGGUGCCCUGGUACUUCUGGGGUGAAACUUUUCGACACAGCUUGUUUGUUGCCACUUUCCUGAGAUACGCUGUGGUGCUCAAUGCCACCUGGCUGGUGAACAGUGCUGCCCACCUCUAUGGAUAUCGCCCUUAUGACAAGAACAUUAGCUCUCGGGAGAAUAUCCUGGUUUCAAUGGGAGCUGUGGGGGAGGGCUUCCACAACUACCACCACGCCUUCCCCUACGACUACUCCGCCAGUGAGUACCGCUGGCACAUCAACUUCACCACCUUCUUCAUCGACUGCAUGGCGGCCAUCGGUCUGGCUUACGACCGGAAGAAGGUAUCCGCGGCCUCCGUCUUGGCCAGGAUUAAAAGAACUGGAGAUGGAAGCUACAAGAGUGGCUGAGUUUUCUGUUUCUAGGUUCUUAUUUUAAAAGCCAGCUUGGCAGAGGCUUCAUGUUCUGUUAAUUAACUACUGAGUAUUGCUACCCAGAUGCUAAAAAUGAUAAAGUUAACCCAUUCUGGUUCAGUAUUGUCAAAUGGACAAGUGUUGAAAGACAACAACUCUCCCUUAGAUGCUAAGCUGACAUUCUUGAAUCUCCUCUUUUCUACUCCCAUUGUCCUUUUCUUUGCUUUGUCCCUAUCAGCUUUCUUUCCCUGCCUCUAAGGCAAGUAACUGGUCAGCCAUAGGUCAGUGUCCACCUUCCGAACCUUAACCACCCAUCCAAGAGCCUAAGAAGUAAAGGUCUUUGUCCCUCUGUUCCCCCCCUCCAAUUCCUCUCUUUCUUUUUGAGCUGUUCUGAGUGAUAGAUACAAGAAAACCCGAGCUUUCUCCUGUGAGUUAUUUUUAGUUGUGGCUUUGCCAGAUGGAAUCUUACUGGGCAGACAGGCCACAAAGCAGAUAAAUCAUCAGGGCCAGACUCAGCAUACGGGAUGAGUCAUCUGCAGAGAUGCAGAGGUGGGAAAUGGGAAGCUCUUGUGAUCAGACCCAGCUGCUUGUCUAGCCAAGACCUGGAGCCUCUCCACACAGCACACUUCCGUUCUCCACUGACAGGCCAUGGCUGUGGAGCGUGGUGUGACUAGAAUACAGUAACACAUCUCAGUGUCUCAGCAUAGCUUAGGCUGAGGAUAAAGAAGCAUUUAGUUAGUAGGAAGAGAGGUUUCUAUUGAGAAUGGGUUUUAUUUUCCUUCGAUGAUAAGCAGAUUGGUUGUAUUAGAGAACAAGAAGUCUUCAAGAGGGUGUGUCCAGAAUUGGGAGUACAGCUGCUCCUAGUUUUGAGCAUUCUGUGAGCUGCUCAUCUCAUUUCUUUCAUCUCCCUGUUCUGCCAUCUUCAGGAUAUUGGUUACUUCCAUAGAAUAAAGGAUGUAUGUGGCAUUUCCAAAUAUCCAACAGUGGGGGAAUUUUAAAAGGUAAAUGUGGGUCAAAAUUAAAAAUCUAGAGAUUUAUGUCUAUACUGGAACAUGAACAUUUCUAUAGCAUAUUUCCCUCUAAAAAAUAGUAAAGUCACUCACUUGGAGAGGGGAAGCAUCUGGGUUGCCUAUUCUUUCCAUAGGCGGGGAGCACAUAAGGAAGUUGAGGGCAAUGUCUGUAGGCAGCUUCCAGAUAACUUCUCAAAGGAAGACUUCUGAGAACAUAUUGCCAGGAAGUUUCAAAGUUACAGAGUAAGUUUUUGGAUGUACUGGUGAAACGUUAGAUAUUAGCUCCCUUCAUUCCAGUUUUUCCUUGCCUUCAGCAGUUCCCCACAAUGUUUGAGCUUUUCACUUGUCCCUGGCUCUUCAUCCAACAGGGCAAGAAUCUCUUACAUACCCUGCUUCUCAACUAUUGGCUGUCCACUACCUGUCCCUGUUUUCCUACCAGUGUUUUUGUUCCUUGCCUUUACUGUCCUGGACAGCAGCUUCCUGCAUGUUCAUGGAGCAGUGAAGAUAUGCUGUCACAACUGUUUCUUCAUGCAAAGACACCAUGUUUGGGAGCACUGGAUUAAUGAUACAUUUCUUUAAUAAGUAGAGCUGUCUAUUCCUUUUCUGUGGUUUUCUCAGAUCUUCUCCACUUCCAUCCCUGGCAUUUCUGCCUCUGGGAAACUUUAAAUUUUGGCAAACCCUCUAGAAAUAUCCCUGACUUAGAGAGGCUUUUUGUCUCAGGAGCCACCCCAAGCAAGACAAAUGUUCCCAUUGUGCCAGUGAGUCAGCCACGGGGCAAGCAGAGCUCCUUGCUAGCCUUCUCUGUGUGGGUCAGGGCAGAAAGCAUGCUCAGUGUCCCCUACGUGUUUGGCAAAGCAGCUUGGGCUAAGUGGUGUUCCAGAUGACAUUGCAAUGCUUGUAGAAGGUAGAGGGUAUGUUGUUCUAAAUGGAAAUGGGAUGCACAAGAAGCAAGGAUGUGUUCCCAAGUGCCUCAGUUUGAAUGGUGACCCUUCUACCUGGAGCUAAGGUCUAAUGCAAAACAACUGAGUUAUGAAAUCUGAGUUGUCAUGAAUCACACAGCCUGGUGCAGGCAUAAAACAAAAGUCCCAAAAGCCACAGAAGAAUAUCAUGGACCUGGCUUUGGUGUAUUAAGUUUUGCUGUGUACAGUACCAAUGUUCUGUUCACUGUUACACUCCGGGGAUUGGAGAGAGCAGAGCCUGCCUUUCUGUGUUAAUUGAAUAGAGGCUACAGAGACCAGCCUGCAGAAAAGCAGCCUUAUCUUUGAGCUGUAUAUUAAAAUAGAAGUGAAUCUCAUAAGAGAUUAGAGCAUAUUUUGCUGACCUGUUCUUGUCCCUAUUCCUUAGAACUGCCUUUUGGGUGAUUUUUAGUGCCACAGGUCACCAGAUGUGUGUGAACAAUAAAAUCAACCUUCUCUUCUAAUCCUGUUCCAUGGAACUGAACCAUGUCAUGUCUCUACUCAAUGCUGAGGACUCCAAUAUAGGUAUUUGUGCAUGUGGGGGAUAACAGCUCACUAAGGAACACUAUUUUCAAGAUUUUAAAGCUCAAUUCAAAUGACACAUUAAUAAGAAACUAAGAUCUGAUUGAGUGAAUUUCUAAUAGUCCUUGUGGACAUGCUAAAAACUUAUUUGGGUGCCUUACCUCUUUUUUAAUUAGUGUUGCUAUGAGCCUUCCCUCACUGUGGAGUCUUCUAUAGAUGUGACAAGUAUAAACCUGCCUGGCUGAAGGAUUACUGUGUAUCAGUUUGUCAUAUUCCCUUUGGGGCUUAAUUCUGCAAACUUUUCUUCAGACUAUUUUGAUGAACUGUCCCUAUUGAUGGAUGGUGGAAGUAAUUGGAACAUACGUGAGUUAGAGAUUUUUGUUUUGUUGUAUUUUUAAGGUUAAAAGAUGGCCUUUAGCAUUUAUAAUGAAAAGUUUUCCUCCAUGGUAUGCUAGUAUCCUGAGUGUCUUCAGUUGAAAUGGGUUAGUAGGGAAGAUAAGAAAGCAAGGUGGCUAUGUCAUACUGGUGGUGAAGGCCAGGGCUUCCUGCCACUGUGCCACUGUGACUCUUGCUCUUCUCACAGUCCCACUCUGACAAUAAUGAGUCCAGUCCUUGGAUCAGGAUGUUAAUCAAUGAGGAUAGAGCCUCCUGACCCAAUCAGCUUUUAGUCAUCCUGCCUUUCAAUGCUGUUGCAUUGAGGAUUAAGUUCCCAGCCCAUGAAUUUUGUGGGACAAAUUCAAGUAGCACUGGAGCACUGGAUAAGUCACUUAAUGAUAAUGUGACACAGUAUUACUUUUGUGAAAAUGGGAUAAUAAUCCUGACCUACCUCAGUGUAGGUUUGAGCAUGGCAAAUGCUCUUUAUAUAACAUUUUGGGCUUCUCCAGAGAGGAAUUCUUAAGUCCUGCACAUUUUUAUAGUAGCUGUAUCCACGAAGGACUUGACAUGUGCCUCUGUCCCAGAUGACAUCAUUGGUCUACAUCAUCCUCUUUAGAGAUGGAAUGGACACAUUGAUAACAUGUAUUCAUUGCUAUGAAAACAUGCAGGACUCCAUUUCCUUCCUUGGGUGGGGUUUUUUCUUUUAUUUUAAUGUGCAACAGUAGUUAUUUCUAACCUAUAAUUUUGAAUAAUUUUCAUUAAUAUCAACUCUGAAGGUAUUUCUAUUCAUCUGAGUUUGUGUUUGUUCAUAAUAAAAUGAAAUGAAUCUGA